AGAAAACCUCCUCCGAAUUCCUUCUAUAAAACCACCAAAACCCGUUACGUUCGGUCUAAUUUUUCUCACCAAAACCCUAUAAAUCACUAUAACCGUAAGGGGAGGUGAGAGAAAGACACAGCUAGUAGCAGAGCUAAUCACCAUCUUUCUCUUACCUCGCUCGCUUGCUGUCUCUCUCGGAUCCAAAUCUGACCUCAGUUAUGGCUUUUGGAGUGAAUGGAGAUGUUUCUCCUACAACUUGCUGAAAUUUGAAGUGUAAACUGAGACCUUAUAGCUAAACUCUUUUUCUUCACGAGUCUACAAAUCGAAGACAGUGUAGCCAUUGACAUGUUUGCUUAGCGGGGAUGGAUUUUCUCGGAGAUUUCAUCGGUGAUGGCAACGUCGGUCCAGCAAGCCUCAGUUCCUCCUGAUGUUGUCGCUAAUGCGUUUGUUCAUCAAUACUACCUCAUCUUGCAUCAGUCGCCCGAGCUUGUUCACCGAUUCUACCAGGAUGUUAGUAGGCUUGGUCGUCCAGAGGAGGGUGGGAUCAUGAGUACCACAACCACCAUGCAUGCUAUAAAUGAGAAGAUACUCUCGCUUGGUUAUGGAGAAUUCAGAGCAGAAAUUACCACAGUUGAUUCACAAGAAUCAUACAAUGGAGGAGUCCUAGUCCUUGUGACAGGAUAUUUGACCAGAAAUGAUAAUUUUCGACAGAAAUUUACUCAGAGUUUCUUCUUGGCACCUCAAGACAAAGGCUAUUUUGUUUUGAAUGAUGUCUUUCGAUACGUUGAUGAUGCCAAGCAUCAAAAUGGAAACCUUGAUGUUGUCGAUAGCGUUGAAGAUACAGUUACUCCUAACCAGGACCUUCCUUCUGUGCAAGAAAAUCACAUUUCUGAGCAAACAACUGCUUUCUCUGAGGAAGCCAAUGGAGAGGAAGUGUGGAAUCCCUCUGAGAAUGGGGAUGCAGCAAUUGAAGAAGAGGGAGCAGCAUCAGUGCCCGAAGUUGUUGAUGAAAUUCUUGAUGAUUCGCAGAUGGUAAUUGAUUCACAGAUUGUGGCUGAAUCUAAUGCUAAGAUUGAAGAAGUGCCAAAAAAGUCGUAUGCAUCCAUUGUGAAAGUUAUGAAGGAGAACACUGCACCCUUUUCAAGCCCUGUCUCUUCUCCUCUAAGGUCUGCACCGAAAAGCCUAGAACAAGUGACUGCUGUGGUGACUCCUGCAGUGGCAUCCGAGACACAUAUCUCCACUUCAAACGCUAUUGAAAAUGGGAAUGCCCAAGAGAGUGAAGCUGAGGGUCCUUCUAUCUACGUAAAAGGCCUACCUUUAGAUGCUACACCUGCCCUACUUGAGAAUGAAUUUAAGAAGUUUGGACCUAUUAGGUCUGGUGGUAUUCAAGUUAGAUCUCAAAAGGGAUUUUGCUUUGGCUUUGUUGAAUUUGAAAUGGCAACUGCUGUGCAAAGUGCAUUGCAGGCUUCUCCUAUCAUGAUUAGUGGAUGUCGGGUUGUUGUUGAGGAAAAGAGAUCUACUUCUCGAGGGAACAAUAGGGGGCGAUUUUCUGGAGCGGGGGCUGGAUAUAGGAAUGAGGGAGCAAGAGGGCGAGGAAAUUUUGGAGGGGGAAAAGCCUAUGGCCGGGGUGAUUUCAGUAACAGGACAGAGUUUGGAAAUAGAAAUGGUAACCGGGGUGGAUUUUCAAACCGUGGAGGUGAUGGAUAUCGUAGGACUGAUAAGAUGGGGAACAAUGGUGGCCGUGCUAACCGUGAUGGUGGGUUGGCUUUUAAUGCUGCAGCCAAGACAACAGCACCAAGGGUAUCUGCUACUGCUUGAAGAUCUGUAACGUGGAGGGAGGUAGUUGUAACAUGGAAGGAGAUAGUUGGAACAUGUUCUUUAAAGAAGUUUUGUGUUCCUUAGUGCAGUAAUUUACUAGAGGGUUUGGCUAUAAAGGAGAUGAUACACUUCUAAGAUGAGCUUCAUGAGAUUUUUGUCAAGGAUUUCCUUCUUGAAAUUUUGUCCAGUUCUCCUUGAUAGAGAGUCAUUUUUGGUUUGAUGGAUAGUGGUAAAGUUUUGUCUGGUUUACUAAUUUCAUCUCUGAUUCCCCAUGAUACUAAUUUCACUCGAGUAUCGAUCAUGACUAUA